AUGUCCAUCUUCAAACUUCUCAAAUCCAAGCUAUCCCGCAAACCUCCCAUCAUGACGAGCAGAAUCAAACUCAUUGCAAACCCUCGCUACCAGAAGUCUGGUACGAAGUCGUACUUGUAUGCUAUGCGCAAGUACCGCUUCAGUCCAACUAAAGGCGGGCCAUACUUCCUCGGAAAUACUAUGGUCCAAUCUGGAAGGCAAUUCACCGAUAAGCCCGUUGGAGGCCGUGCUCGCUUGCAACAAGUGCUGCAAAAGAAGAGCGCCGGCACCGAUCAGGUUGGGCAGGUAGGCGCCGACGACGUGCAGAAUGACUCUAUGUAUCUCGCGGAGAUUGAAAUUGGCACACCCGCGCAGAAGCUCAAUCUGGACUUUGAUACUGGGUCUGCUGAUCUGUGGGUUUGGUCCACGAAGCUUCCCGCCGAGACUUUGUCGGAGAAUAAGAACCACACGAUCUUUGAUCCGGCUAAGUCGAGUACUUACAAGGAGAAAGAAGGAUCGACAUGGCAAAUCUCCUACGGUGAUGGGUCCUCGGCCUCUGGAACGGUCGGCAACGACAAUGUCAAUAUCGGCGGGGUAAUCGUCAAAGGCCAGGCUAUUGAGAUAGCUGAUAAGCUUUCUGCACAGUUUGCACAAGGAGCUGGAGAUGGACUGUUGGGACUUGCCUUUGGCAAUAUCAAUACUGUCAAGCCAAAGGCCGUUAGCACACCCGUAGAGAACAUGAUCUCGCAGUCCGAUAUCCCAAAGUCGGCUGAGGUUUUUACCGCAAAGCUGGGAUCGUGGCGUGAUGCUGAUGAGCCUGACAAAGGCGAGUCGUUCUACACCUUUGGCUACAUUGACCAGGAUACGGUCAAGGCUUCCGAGGCAGACAUCUACUACACGCCCAUCGAUAAGAGCCAGGGAUUCUGGAUGUUCGAUUCUGCUUCGGCGACGGUGAAUGGAAAGUCAAUCGCUCGUUCAGGAAACAAGGCUAUUGCUGAUACUGGCACUACCUUGGCCUUGGUUGAUGAUGAGACUUGCCAGGCGAUCUAUGAUACCAUUGAAGGCGCAGUCUAUGAUGAUGAUAGCCAGGGCUGGAUCUAUCCUUCCAACACGGCUGCUGAUAAGCUCCCCGUGAUCACAUUUGCUGUUGGAGAAAAGCAGUUUGUCGUACAAAAGGAAGAUUUGGGAUUCGCCGAAGCCAAGUCCGGUUAUGUCUACGGGGGCAUCCAGAGUCGCGGUUCUAUGACCAUGGAUAUUCUAGGCGAUACCUUCCUGAAAGCUAUCUAUGCAGUAAGUCUUUAUUCCUUUCUUCUCUUGUUGAUUGCGGUGGCUAAUGUGGAAAUUAAGGUAUUUGAUGUUGGCAACCUUCAGUUCGGCGCAGUGCAGCGUAAGGAGCUGCACCAGAACCUUUCUGUACCUUCGGAGUCAAGCUAG